GGGUGUGGGCUUACGUUUUAUCAAAACGUUAUGUAGACGUCACUUCAAUUCCAUUCCAUUCCCAGGCUAGUCUGUGUAAAUUUAAACAAAUAGGCUAUUUGAUAGAAGUAAUUCCAAAAAAUACGUCCGCAUAUUUCCUAAGUGAACAUAGCUACAACAUUUACUGAUUAACUCCUAGUUAUCUGGCUUGACGGUUUCGUGAUCGUGCACGGUCUGCCAUUGUGCAUUUUGGCGCUCGCUUUCUCGCACGGCGAGGCAAACAAGCAAGUCGUUUGGGGAGGGGAAACGAAAAGCCCAGCAACAGCGUCAAGAAAACGAACCAGUAAACCGCUAAAGCUAGCACGGGUUUUAUUUCAAACUUUCCAUUUCCAAGUUGGGACGUGCCCCUUGUUCACUCAUUUGAGGUACCGCUACCAAAUCAUGGGAAAGAAGACUCGUGAAAAUGAUGAUGAUGCCUCGGGCUCAUCUUCAGAAGAGGAAGAAUUUAUUGUGGAGAAGGUUCUGGACAGAAGGACGGUGAAGGGCCGAGUUGAAUUCUUCCUUAAGUGGAAAGGUUAUUCAGAAAAACACAACACAUGGGAGCCAGAGAAGAAUCUUGGCUGCCCCGAGCUCAUUGCUGAGUUUAUGAAGACUUACAAGAAGCCUAGCGGCGGUGCCACCCCCAGCAGCGGAGGAGCCAAGUCCAGUGCGGGAUCAUCAGGUCGUAGCAAGGAAGGCAGCAGCAAGAGGAGAAACUCUGACGAUGAUGAGGAGGGGAGCAGCAACAAGCCCAAACGGAAAAAAGAGGAUGACGUCCUGAUUGCGAGAGGCUUUGAGAGAGGUCUGGAACCAGAGAAGAUUAUUGGAGCCACAGACUCCUGUGGAGACCUCAUGUUCCUCAUGAAGUGGAAGGACUCUGAUGAGGCAGAUCUGGUGCUGGCCAAGGAGGCCAAUCACAAGUGCCCGCAGAUCGUCAUAGCUUUCUACGAAGAGCGCCUCACCUGGCAUGAAGACGGGGAUAAGAAGGAGAAGGGCACUGUGAGCAUGUAAGCAGGAAGUGUCGUCACAGGAAUGGUCACUGACCCCCCCCCCUGCAGGGAUGACCUGGAGACACUCAUAUAGCCAGUACCUAAUCGCACCCUAUUCCUCUCCUUGGCCUUAACACUUCUUUUUUUAUGAUAACCUUUUUCUUUUCUCUUUUAUGGCUUGGGUAGGUAGGUGUAAGUAGUGUAGUGGUAUAUUUUCCACCACAUUGCUUCUACCUUUACAGCUCUGACAACAGUGAAGAGUUAAGGCAACAUGGAGGAUUUGAGUGCGAUUUGGGACUGAAAGGACCCCACCCCCCCCCCCCCCCCCCCCCCCCUUGCUAAUGACCAUAACAAAAACCACACAAACCAACGAUGGACGACACUGCCCACUUCUUCAUGAUACCUCCCUCUGUGCCCCAGUGUACAGGUUAAUGUCCCUGAAUAACAAAGAGCCCAAUCUAGCCAUUUUACACACAAACUGAGAAGGAUGAGGGAAGACUGUGGGUUUUGGAGGUGGUGAAACAGGUUGGCUGCGCUCGCUACUGGGGACGGCUUGUCUUUCCUCUUGCUUUAUUCCCUUUCUGUAUUUUUGUGUAAGUACGAUUCUUGAUUCUGUGGUACCCUGUCUAGGUACUGGCAGCCAUCUUAAGGUGACUUGAAGGUAGUCGUCUUAACUAAUAGGUAACGUUAAAAUGGCCACGUCUAUCAAAGCAUGGUCCAGUGCCCAGUAUGAAAUUCCCGCCUACUUCCUGAAUCAUGUACUUGCAGUUUUUGAAUGCGAUUCAAGAGUAAAUCAUGAAAAAGUGUUGUGCAAGUCAGUUACGAACAAAUUCUUAUUUACAAUGACGGCCUACCCCGGCCAAACCCUAACACGGACGACGUUGGGCCAAUUGUGCGCCGCCACCCUACGCAUAUAUUUGUUUACGUGGAUUCAUUUACUUCUACCUUCAUGAAGGCCAUCAGUUCGGAGUAAAUGAAUCUACUAAUAUGAUUUUACAUGCAUCUUUAAGCCCUUUUUCAUGAAUUUGAUAUACUCUGGGAUUCCAUUCAAAAACGGCCUGGGACAUGAUCCAUAGCGGAAGUAGGGGGGACUUUCAUAAAGCAUUCACAAAUCGAGCGUCUCAGAGUAGGAGUGCUCAUCCACCUGUCCAUAUAUUCUUAUUCAUUGUUAUCUUAAAAGGUCAAAAAAAUAAAUAAACUGAUCCUAGAUCGGGCACUCUGGUGGAAACUUUGAAUGCGAGCCCUUGACGUGUUUGCCCUGGGAAGAUGACCGUCUUCCAAGUCUUAUCAAACCUCGACAAUAACAGUAGUUAUGCCGUAGAUAAAAUAGUUUUAUCGUACUCCGAUCACCUUGGUAGAAAAUCUCCCCUGCUUAUUUUUUUUGUUCAGUAGUUUUAGUCCACCUUUUGAUGUUUUAAGGUCAAUAUGGUCCCCUCUAAGUACUCCAUGUCUUGUUUUAUUUCUCCAAUUUUUCACUAGUACUGUGGCUGGACUAAGUUUUGAAUGACCUACAUUUUAAUAUUUGAACUCUUUUGUCCAUCGUCUUCUGUUAUGUAGCUGUUCUGCAGGUCAAGUAAUCAUGUAGCUCUGAUUCCAUUGCUAAGAUCAUGAACAUAUUUAGUCAGAGUAACUGCUUUUUCCUAACUUGAAAUUGGAUUCUUCCGAUGACCUUUUUUUUUUUUUUUGUAAGAAUUUUUUUUAAAAAUCAGACAAUUUUAUCACCACAACAAGCACAAUUAAGCAAAUAUUAGAUGCACAGACGGGCCACUUCAAAAGUUGUACCCAAUGUUUCAAGCCAUCUUUAUUUGCAAAUGUGAAUGAUAUUAUCACAGCAGUGCUGAAUUGGAACCCGGCCCUUAGAUCAGAAGUCAGUUGACAAUCAGCAUGCCACAUGCUCUGCAGUAGAAAGUGACACCAUACGAGCAUACGGAUUGAUUUGAUCAAGGUAUGCCACCCUGGGGCUAAAUGGCUCGGGCCGACGUGUCCUGCCCAGUCCCCUGAGUGAGAGAAUGGGAUAAGGCAGAUCGGGGCUUACCUCCAGACAGUGUUCCUUCUUGGGAAUGCUUAUCAAUCUAUUUGAAAAUUUUUAAGAUCCCUGUCAAUGAUUUUUGACUUAUUUUGAGUAUUAAGUGGUUAAAUCCACACCACCUACAGAGUAUUUGUUCCACUUGUAGAAAUAUAAUUUGUCCUGACCUGAAUUUCUAGUUUUAUCAUCCCUAUUAAUGCUAAAUACUGAAUGUUUUGGGACGAUGUUAUCCACAUCAUUGACUUCAUAUUACAGGUUUGUUUUAACUGCCUAUUCUGUCCAUUUUGGCUUUCCACCCCUUGUGUUGAAUGUAGUAAUGAGAGCAUUGAGUUUGUGUUCAAUGAUAUAUCCAAAUGUGUGGUAAAAGAGCAAGGUUGUUUAGUCACAGAAUAGAGGCAAAGUAUUCCAGUAUAUUUGUAGCCUAUACCAUUGAGUUGAUGAUGGGCAGAGUGCUAUUGCUAUGUAUUGUGAUCAAAUAUUCUCGUAUUCAAUUUGUGAUGUUUUCCCACUCAAAAAAAAUAACAAUUUAAGGAGCAACUGAGUCCUGAGUUGUCUUGUCACUGUAGUAAUAGAAACAAGUGAAAGAUUACUUGGAUAUCCUUCUCUCUUCAGAACCAUCUCUAUUUAGGACAAAUGUAAAUGGUUGUCUGUUUUUCAUUUUUAUUUAUAUUUACUCAAAAGAUUUUCAUUUGUAGUCCAUUUUUGACCAUUUGUCUUUUUUUCAAAGUGUUCCACGUUUGGUGUAUCUCACCAACAUUUUUUUUUUUUUUUUAUGCUCUGAAAUUUGGGUUUUAUAUGUAUUGUAGUAAACUGUUUUCAACAUUCAA